AUGGCCGGCGCCGGCGGUGACUGCUGCUUGCUCCGCCUUCCCGACGACUCCCUCUUCCUCGGUCUCGACUGCUCCACCCAGUCGCUCAAGGCCACGGUGCUGGACGCCGGCCUGGGCAUCGUGGCCACCGACUCCGUCCACUUCGACUCGGACCUGCCGCACUACGGCACCCGCGGCGGCGUCCUCCGAGACCAAGACCCCGCUGAGCGGGGCCGCAUCGUGUCGCCGCCGCUCAUGUGGGCGGAGGCGCUGGACCUGCUCCUCGGGAGGCUGCGGCGGCGCGCCGACCUCCGCCGCGUCGCCGCCGUCUCCGGCUCCGCGCAGCAGCACGGCAGCGUGUACUGGGCCAAGGGCGCCGGCGCCGCGCUGGCCACCCUGGACCCUGCCGCCGGCGAGGGCCUGGGGCCGCAGCUCGCGGCCGCGGGCGCGCUCGCGGCGCCGGAGUCGCCCGUGUGGAUGGACAGCAGCACCGCGGCGCAGUGCCGGGAGGUGGAGGCGGCCAUGGGCGGGCCCCUGCGCCUGGCGAGGCUCACGGGGUGCCGCGCGCACCGGCGCUGCACGGGGCCGCAGAUACGGAAGAUGCACCAGACCCGGCCGCAGGUGUAUGAGGCCACCGAGAGGGUCUCGCUGGUGAGCUCGUUCAUGGCGUCGCUGCUCGUUGGCGGGUACGCCUGCAUCGAUGAGACCGAUGGAGCCGGGAUGAACAUCAUGGACAUCGACACGCGCCAGCUGCGCCAGGACGCUCUUCAGGCUAUGGCUCCAAAUUUGGAAGAGCGGAUUGGGAAACUAGCACCAGCACAUGCUGUGGCUGGAAAGAUAGCUCCGUAUUUUGUUCAGAGAUUUCAGUUUUCAAGCAACUGUCUAGUUAUUCAGUGGUCAGGCGACAACCCCAAUAGCCUUGCAGGCUUAACUUUGAGCAAUCCUGGUGAUCUAGCAAUCAGCCUUGGGACAAGUGAUACGGUUUUCGGGGUCACCGAUUCACCUGAACCAAGCCUAGAGGGAAACAUCUUUCCUAAUCCAGUCGAUCCCAAGACCUACAUGGUUCUGCUUUGCUAUAAAAAUGGAUCUCUAACACGAGAAGACCUCCGCAAUUGUUAUGCUGAGAGAUCUUGGGAUCUGUUCAACAGGUUGCUUGAGGAAACAGCCCCCUUGAAUGGAGGGAAGUUGGGAUUUUACUACAAGGAACAUGAGAUUCUCCCACCACUUCCAGUUGGAUUUCACCGGUAUGUUCUCAAGAACUUCACUAGUGGACCUUUGGACGAGAUGGUGGAAGAAGAAGUUGACAAGUUUGAUCCUCCUUCAGAGGUGCGUGCGAUAAUUGAAGGGCAGUUCAUGUCCAUGAGGGGCCAUGCUGAGCAAUGUGGCCUGCCAGUACCUCCAAAACGGAUUAUAGCAACCGGUGGUGCGUCCUCAAACCCAACAAUUCUCAAGAUAAUGGCAUCUAUUUUUGGUUGUCCUGUGUACACUUCCCAAAGAUCAGACUCUGCUUCUUUGGGUGCUGCUCUGCGAGCAGCCCAUGGGUGGCUUUGUAAGCAGCAAGACGAGUUCGUGCCAUUCUCAUGUGUGUACUCAGGAAGAUUGGAUGGAACAUCACUUGGCAUGAAGUUGUCUGUUCCUUUUGGGGACUGUGAGGGAGACACUGAGCUUCUGAACAACUACACAUUGCUAGUUAAGAAGAGGUUGGAGAUUGAGCAGAAGCUCAUUGAAAGGUUUGAUGGACGAGAGUGA